AUGAAGGACAUCAGGAAGAGAAUGGAGGACAUCAGGAAGAGAAUGGAGGACAUCAGGAAGAGAAUGAAGCACAUCAGGAAGAGAAUGAAGGACAUCAGGAAGAGAAUGGAGGACAUCAGGAAGAGAAAGGAGGACAUCAGGAAGAGAAUGGAGGACAUCAGAAAGAGAAUGGAGGACAUCAGGAAGAGAAUGAAGCACAUCAGGAAGAGAAUGAAGGACAUCAGGAAGAGAAUGGAGUACAUCAGGAAGAGAAUGAAGCACAUCAGGAAGAGAAUGGAGGACAUCAGGAAGAGAAUGGAGGACAUCAGGAAGAGAAUGAAGGACAUCAGGAAGAGAAUGGAGGACAUCAGGAAGAGAAUGGAGGACAUCAGGAAGAGAAUGAAGGACAUCAGGAAGAGAAUGGAGGACAUCAGGAAGAGAAUGAAGGACAUCAGGAAGAGAAUGGAGGACAUCAGGAAGAGAAUGGAGGACAUCAGGAAGAGAAUGGAGGACAUCAGGAAGAGAAUGAAGGACAUCAGGAAGAGAAUGAAGGACAUCAGGAAGAGAAUGGAGGACAUCAGGAAGAGAAUGGAGGACAUCAGGAAGAGAAUGAAGGACAUCAGGAAGAGAAUGGAGGACAUCAGGAAGAGAAUGAAGGACAUCAGGAAGAGAAUGGAGGACAUCAGGAAGAGAAUGGAGGACAUCAGGAAGAGGAUGGAGGACAUCAGGAAGAGAAUGGAGGACAUCAGGAAGAGAAUGAAGGACAUCAGGAAGAGAAUGAAGGACAUCAGGAAGAGAAUGAAGGACAUCAGGAAGAGAAUGGAGGACAUCAGGAAGAGAAUGGAGGACAUCAGGAAGAGAAUGAAGCACAUCAGGAAGAGAAUGGAGGACAUCAGGAAGAGAAUGAAGCACAUCAGGAAGAGAAUGGAGGACAUCAGGAAGAGAAUGGAGGACACCAGGAAGAGAAUGGAGGACAUCAGGAAGAGAAUGGAGGACAUCAGGAAGAGAAUGGAGGACAUCAGGAAGAGAAUGGAGCACAUCAGGAAGAGAAUGAAGCACAUCAGGAAGAGAAUGGAGGACAUCAGGAAGAGAAUGAAGCACAUCAGGAAGAGAAUGAAGGACAUCAGGAAGAGAAUGAAGCACAUCAGGAAGAGAAUGGAGGACAUCAGGAAGAGAAUGGAGCACAUCAGGAAGAGAAUGAAGCACAUCAGGAAGAGAAUGGAGGACAUCAGGAAGAGAAUGAAGGACAUCAGGAAGAGAAUGAAGGACAUCAGGAAGAGAAUGGAGGACAUCAGGAAGAGAAUGAAGGACAUCAGGAAGAGAAUGAAGGACAUCAGGAAGAGAAUGAAGGACAUCAGGAAGAGAAUGGAGGACAUCAGGAAGAGAAUGGAGGACAUCAGGAAGAGAAUGAAGGACAUCAGGAAGAGAAUGAAGGACAUCAGGAAGAGAAUGGAGGACAUCAGGAAGAGAAUGGAGGACAUCAGGAAGAGAAUGAAGGACAUCAGGAAGAGAAUGGAGGACAUCAGGAAGAGAAUGGAGGACAUCAGGAAGAGAAUGAAGGACAUCAGGAAGAGGAUGGAGGAAGAAAAGACCACAGAAAGGAUGAGAGCUGAGUGUCUGAGAAGAAACACACCAAACACAAAUGUUGACAACAAUGGUCUUGAAAUCCUAUGCUAUAACUGUAGAAGACUUUUCUUGGUCUUGCUAGUCACACUCACCAUCGCCAUGGGCUGUGAGUCCCAUUUUUGUCUGGAAAGAUGGAAAGGUGCGAUUAAAAAAAAUAAAAAAAAUAAAUAUAUAUAUAUAUAUAUAUAUAUAUAUAUAUAUAUAUAUAUAUAUAUAUAUAUAUAUAUAUAUAUAUAUAUAGUAAAGAUACAUUUUCUAGUAGAAUUCCUUGUGUGCUACAUGGUUGGGUUGAAUGGUUCUUGUUUGAAGCCAGUUAAGAAUUUUUAA